GAUUGCACCCAGCACACUGAGACACACAGAUGAAAAAAGCAGCAGAGUGUAUGCGCGUGUGUGUGUGUCCCUCCAUGUGAAUAAAGAAACAGAAGCAAUUGGGUGUAACAGUGUGAACGGGAGGCUGAGCCCAGAGCAGGGGACACGGGAGAGCAGCGAAGGAGAAGGAGGGUGAGAAAGAGUCAAAGAGAGAGAGAGACAGACAGAGGAGAGAGAGAGGAGAGACAUCAGAGCGUGGAACAGGUUCUUUCUGCAGCCCUUGCACUCAGCCUCAGCCUCAGCAGACAUGCCUAACUUUGCCGGCACCUGGAAGAUGAAGAGGAGUGAGAAUUUUGAUGAACUUCUCAAAGCUUUAGGUGUGAACGCCAUGCUGAGGAAGGUGGCCGUGGCAGCGGCCUCCAACCCUCAUGUCGAGAUCCGUCAGGACGGGGAGCAGUUCUACAUCAAAACCUCCACCAGUGUGCGCACCACCGAAAUCAACUUCCGCAUCGGUGAAGAGUUUAAUGAGGAGACGGUGGAUGGACGAAAAUGCAAGAGCCUCGCCACCUGGGAGUCAGAGAACAAAAUUCAUUGUCAGCAGACUCUGGUGGAUGGUGACGGCCCCAAGACCUACUGGACCCGAGAGCUGAAUGGAGAUGAGCUCAUACUGAUUUUUGGGGCGGAUGAUGUAGUGUGCACAAGGAUUUAUGUCCGGGAGUGACGUGGUGCAACCUUCAUCAGACCGAGGCAGACGCCCAUUUGGGCCACAGCUCAUUUAAACCCAACAACAAUCUGUCAUGCUAAAAUGCUAACACAUUUCUGAAGUAUCCUGUGUUAUCUCUAAGUAUAAGCCUGCAUAGUAUCCAAUAGCAAUGUCCCUGUAAUCUGGUUAUUGGUAGUGAGUAUUGUGUCUGCAGUACAGUAGCUGGGUAUCUUCAUAUCCAUACAUACAAUCCUGGUGUCAGCUGUUUAUGUAGAAUUUAGUCAUCAGUUGCAUCAAUUAAAUGUUCAUGUUCAAUGAGAAGACACAAUAAAAAUGGAACAAAUGGUG